GCCGAGGCCGGCUCCGCGGCGGUGGCCACCGCCCUGCAGAUCUUGCAGGAGUUCUACUCCGGCCAGGCGUCCUUCUUGCAGCAGCGGGGCAAGCAGGUGCCCGAGAUGGCCGAGUACAAGGGCAUGUCCGGCGGCGGCGUCAUCGGCAUGCUGGAGGUCAUCCAGACGGACUUCAUGCGCCUCGAGGCGGACACCAAGGCGGCGGAGACGCAGGCGGCACAGGAGUACGACGAGUUCAUGACCGAGUCCGAGACGUCCAAGAAGAGGAAGCACGAGGAAGAGGUCCAGACGAAGCUCGACAAGGACCAGUCUGAGUUUGACAAGAGCGAGUUGCAGAAGGAUCUGGCCGCCGAGCAGGCCGAUCUCGACGCUGCCGACAAGUACUACGCCGAGCUGAAGCCGCAGUGCCUGCAGGUCCACGUCAGCUGGGAGGAGCGGGUCGCCCGCCGGGAGGAGGAGCUGGCGGCGCUCAACGAGGCCUACGCGAUCCUGAGCCAGAAGUCCGCGCUCUGAGCCGGCCGCGCGCCAUCCGCGCCCCGAGGCGGUGCGCAGAGCCGCCGGCGCCGCGGGGCCGUGCGCCCAGGUCUGGCGCCCGCCGGCGCCGCGGGUCGCCCCCAGCGAAACGCGUGCUCGGAGGAGGAUCCGGGGCACUGUCAGUCGAGCAGUGGCGAAGCGUCCUGGCGUGCCACUAGGCCCACA